CUAUUUCCAUCAUCUCCCUCACGCACACGUUCUUUGAAGUUUCCUUGCAUUGUUCAUAUCCUUUGCCCACCAUAUGUUUUUUUUUACUUCUUUAAUUUGGAGCAUUAACUUCCAUUAAGUCUUCUAAAAUGGGUGAUGAAAUGGAACAUGAAAGGCUAGAUGAGCUAAGUUCCUAUGGAGAAAUUGGGGAUGAGCGAUUAGUAUGCCGGUACAUUGAGAAACACUCAACCAAGGGCAUAUUUCUUGGGGAUAAUCCCCUCCAUCAUGCCACAUCCAUGAUAAUAAUUCAGAUUAUUCUUAUAUUCAUUGUUGGUAGAAUAACCCAUUUCUUGUUGAAACCUUGCCAUCAAACACAACUCACUUCACAGAUUGUGGCUGGUAUCAUAAUGGGUCCCUUAUUGUUUGGUCAAUACCGUUCAGGUUAUGAGUUGUUGUUUCCAGCAGCAAGCAAAUUGACGCUUCAAACAUUUGCAGAAUUUGGCAUGAUAAUUUAUUGCUUCAAGAUAGGGGUGCAAAUCAAUCCCAAACAUAUCUUUAAGUUUGAAAAGAAGGCAACGGUUAUAGGUUUAGUAGGCCACAUAUCUUCUAUAUUGUUUGGAAUCGUAGUUUUCAUUAUUGUUCAGAGAAGCUCCUCUCUCAAGUCUGAAGUGAGUGGUGUUCUACGUAUGAUAGUUCUUGAUGCUUUGACUGCAUUUUCUUCUAUAAGUAGACUCCUCAGCGAGAUAAACAUUCUCAAUUCAGAGAUUGGACGGGUGGCUUUAUCUGCUUCCAUGGUUAGUGAUGCAAGCUCGUGGAUUUUAUUUUUUUUAGUACGCAACAGUGUUAAAAACGUCUACCAAGCAUCAUUUAUACCUGCUGUGGCGAUGGUUGUGACAGUUUGUUAUUUCAUAAGUUUAUUCUUCCUGCUAAGGCCGUUGGUUAUAUGGAUCUCCAACCGCAAUCCACGAGGAAAGCCUAUGACAGAAGGCAAUUUCUUGUUAAUUAUGUUUAUACUUCUAUUUAUUGGAUUCUCUGCACAAAGCGUUGGACAACCUUCUUUCAUUGUUGCUUUUUGGUUUGGAUUAAUCUUACCGGAUGGUCCCCCUUUAGGUUCUGUUUUGGUAGAAAGGAUUGAUACCAUUGGUUCUACUUUGAUUAUUCCAGCUUAUUGUACUAUAAGUGGGAUGAGGACAAUUGUUCCCCCAUUAUCAUCACAAGAUGCAUGCAUAGUGGCUGUUUUACUUGCGGGACAAAUAGGAAAGUUUGCCGGCACAAUUUUACCCUCACUUCACUUUGAAAUUGAAUUAUGGGAUUCUAUUGCGCUAUCUCUAAUCAUGUGUUGUAAAGGUCUUAUAGAUCUCGCACUCUACACCUUAUUAUUUGAUAGUAAGGACAUUGGGGUACUUUCUUUCACCCUUGGAAUAUAUACCAUGGUGGGUGUAACUGGAUUUGCAACCUUAGUUAUUUAUUACAUAUAUGAUCCUUCAAAGAAGUACAAAAAUUACAUCAGAAAAUCAAUCAAGGGCUCCCAGCAGGACCUUGAAUUUAAAGUACUUGUUUGCGUCCACAAUGAAGAAAAUGUACAUCCAUUGAUCAACCUUCUCCAAGUCUCUGGCCCUUCAAAGGCUACACCGCUUUCAGUCUUUGUUCUACAUCUCAUGGAACUUUCAGGCAGGGCAGCCCCCAUCCUUACAAAAAAUGAGAACACUGACAAGUCACAUCCGAAUGGAGAUUCAUCCUCUCAACAGAUAAACAACGUUUUUGAUCAAUUUCAACAGCACAACAAAGGAAGUGUCUCGUUGGAGUGCUUCACAACUAUUGCACCAUUUUCUAGCAUGCACAAUGAUGUAUGCUACAUUGCGAUGAACACAAAAUGUCACGUUGUGAUUAUGCCAUUUCAUAAGCAAUGGUCCAUCAAUGGAAAUGUUGAGAUUUCUAAUGCUUCAAUCAGGACACUAAAUCAAAAAGUUCUGAGUAAAUCUCCUUGCUCAGUUGGAGUUUUAAUUGAUAGAAGUCAAACGAGCAGCAAACCGUUAGUUUUUUAUGAGAAUUCAUUAUGUGAAAUUGCCAUGAUCUUCUUAGGUGGUGCUGACGACCAAGAUGCAUUGGCCUUUAGUUUUAAAAUGGCUCAACAUCCAAAUAUUAGACUCACAGUGUUUUGGGUAAGGGUUAAUAUGCAUCACAUACAAAGGAAUAUGAAAAACCCUUAUAUUGACGUGAUGGAGCAUAUAAAGUAUAAUCCUAACCUUAAAGGGAAGGUAAACUUUAAGGAGGAGAUUGUGGAAGAUGGGAUAGGAACAACACAUGUUAUCCGAACAAUGGAGGGACAUUUUAAUUUGGUUAUAGUGGGUAGACACCAUAUAGCAGACUCAAGAUGUACAUUAGGUUUGACAGAAUGGUGUGAACUCCCAGAACUUGGGCUUAUUGGGAAUCUCCUAACCUCAGAUUUUACAUUUUCAGUUUUGGUGGUGCAACAACAACCCUUCAACUUAGAUAUCUAACAAAACGUCUCCAUUUUAUUUAACUCUAGAAAUAUAUUCUUCUUAUAGGUAAGUUAAAAGUGUAAUCUAGAGGUGUUUGUGUCUCAGUUUACAUGCAUAUGCACCAUAGUCUCAGUUUAAAUUCAAAUCUAAGAGAUUUGAAUUUUGAACUAAAUAUAUUAAGUAAUAAAUAAUUUUCUUUGUCUUAAAUACAUAAAAUAAUAAUAA